CAAUGGUUAUCUGGUAUUGUACUGUUCAACGUCACUACAGCAGUGUGUUGCUUGGCAGCCAUGUUCGUCGCUCACGCUUGCGGUCAAAUCGAGAUCGUAAUGGCCCGCGUAGGAAAUUUUGUAAAAAAUGCACAAAGUAAUCAUAAACACAUAAAGCAACAGAUGGCAAUUAUAGUGAAACACCAUAUGCAGUCAUUGAGAUUUUCAAUCAAUAUCGAUAAUAUUUUACGCGAAAUAUGUCUGGUUGAAAUAGUGGGAACAACGUUAACUAUAUGCCUGCUGGAAUAUUAUUGCAUCAUGGAAUGGAAUAACAACGACAGUAUAGCAAUUUUAACAUACUUUUUUUUAUUAAUAUCGUUUGUCUUCAAUGUUUUUACGCUUUGCUACAUUGGUGAACAAUUAACAAAUCAGUGCAGUAAAAUUGGGUAUACUUCGUAUGAAAUCGAGUGGUACCAUUUACCAGGAAAGAUUGCACUUGAUCUCACGUUAAUAAUCAGCAUAUCACAUCAUCCGAUAAAAGUUACUGCAGGAAAAAUAAUCAGUCUUUCGUUCUCAAGUUUUGGCUCUGUACUGAAAACUUCGAUUACAUAUUUAAAUAUGCUCCGAACAUUCGUUUGA